GAUAUAAAUGCAUGUGUGUGUGUAUAUUUCCCCCCAGCUCCGCCCUCUGGGGCACCUGGUGACACUCCACAGUGAUGGGCACACUUAGUACCCAGAUUUUUGACUCUACGGUAACUUCCCAGUAAAAGAAACUGGGUUCCUUGGAGAAAUGACUGAUUCCAGGGUAGGGGCAGCGAAAACACAAGGUAAGUCUGGAGCAUGUUAUUCAGGAAAGUAAGAAAGUGCUCAGAGAAUGAUAGGGACAUGUCAGAAGGACUCUCCAAAACAGAGACAAUUUGAGUACAAAAAUAAAUAAGGCUCGAAAUGGAUUACAGCUUCUUCUCCAUAAAAACACCGAAAGGUGGAUGACGUUGCUGCAUCGGAAGGACCUAGAUAUCCCCGGAGCCUGGAAUGGGCGGGGCGGGGGGGCGGGGAGGUGCCUUCUGUGGAGGCUUUGGCAGCAGUGUCCCAGGUCGGGGCUGGGUCCAGGCCACAGAGAGCUCGGAGGCAAGGCCAAGGCUAAGGAGUGGCUCCCCAUUACCAAGCUGGGCCACCAGGUCAAAGACUUGAAGAUCAUGCUCCUGGAAGAGACCUUUCUCUUCUCUCUGCCCAUCAAGGAUGCUGAGAUUAUUGAUUUUUCCCGGGGGCACCCUAAGGUUUUGAAGAUUAUGCCCGUGCAAAAGCAGACAUGCUGGCAGGGGACCAGGCUCAAGGCAUUUGUUGCCGUUGGGGAUUACAAUGGACAUGGUGGUAGCCACUGCCAUGGCGGGGUGGGGUGCAUCUUUCUGGGGAAACUCUCCACCCCCAUGAGGCCAGGCUGCUGGGGUAAUGAGAUCAGCAAACCCACCAUCCCUUGCAAGGUCAUUGGCUGCUGUGGCUCUGUGCUGGUGUGCCACAUCCCUGACCCCAGAGACACUGAUGUCUCACCUCCUGUGCCCAAGAAGCCACUGAUGAUGGCUGGAAUUGAGGACUGCUACACCUCCGGCUGUACUGGCACCCUGGGCAACUUCACCAAGAUCACCUUCCAUGCCAUUUCCAAGACCUACAGCUAUCUCGCUGCUGACGUCUGCAAAGAGAUGGUGUUCGCCACGUCUCCUUAUCCAGAAUUCACCGACCACCCUGUAAAGACCCACACCAGCGUCUCCAAUGCAGAGGACCCGGUUCCUGUUGUGGCCAGCAGCCACGUCAUUUUAUAUGAGAAAGGUAAAGUGAACAAAGUUCUUUUGAAAAGAAAAGAAAAGAAAAGAAAAGAAAAGAAAAGAAAAGAAAAGAAAAGAAAAGAAAAGAAAAGAAAAGAAAGCAUCAAGUGCAAGCUGGUUAAGGAGGCAGAAUCUCAGGUCCACUCGGACCUGUGGAAUCAGCCAGCAUCCGACCUGUCGGGGUUUCUCAGAGAUGUUUCAUUUCAGAGAUGUUUCAAAUCUCCAUCCUGGACAGCCUUGAAACUUGGAACUGAAUUACAUGGGUUUAUUGAUGAAGACUCGGCAGUUGAGUUCUCCUCUUUGCUCUUGACCAAAAUGGCUAGCUUCAAGCUGCCCCCAGAAGAAAAACGGGGAGACCAGGACGAUCGGUUCACCCCCAAGCCAGAAGCCACUGUGGAGUUAAAGACCCAAGUGCAGAAUCGAGAUGUCAGCCAGACCAUGUUCCCUCGAAAGGCUCUAAGUAAAAUCCUGCCUUUCCUCUUACAGCUUCGGGCGCUUGCUGGCAAUCCUUGGCAUUCCUUGGCUUGCACUUCCAUCAUUCCGAUAACUGCUUCUGUCAUCAGCUGA